AUGUUCAACCAGGAGUUACCUCCAGCGCUUUCCCUAGCAACGCUAUUCUUUCUCUGUGGUCAUGUCCUCUCCGUAACCACAGACAGAUUCUGCUAUGCCGGUCAGUCCUGCUAUCCAUCGUCCAAUCAACGAGCAGUAUUUGCCAAGUCUAUCAACAACCGCGUCGUAUUACCGUUUGAUGAGGAAUAUAACAGGCUUGUACAAUUACAGAACGUGCGAGAAACACGAUUUCCAAACCUAAUUGUGACACCGACUUCGACAGAAGAAGUCCAAAAGACUGUUAUAUUUGCCCGGAAGUUCAAUCUGCGCAUGUCUAUUAUAUCUUCAGGACAUGACUAUUUCGGCCGGUCGACAUGGGACGGUAGUCUACAGAUGAACAUGAGAAAUCUGUCUGACGUGCACGUCAAUCUGACAUCCAGUCGACACGCCGAUGGCGAAGUAAGCGUAGGCGCUGGUUCGACUUGGCUUAAGGUUUACACAAAGCUUGAUGCGCAUGACCGUGUGGUUGUUGGAGGAAGUGCCCAUACCGUGACUGUUGGAGGAUACACACUAGGUGGCGGACAUAGUCCAAUGUCCCGGAUGUUCGGCCUCGCUGUGGAUAAUCUUCUCGAAGUUGAGCUCGUUUUGGCAGAUGGGUCAAAAGCAGUAGCAUCAGCGGAUGGCACUGAGAUCACAAGUCCUGACGGAAAUGUUAAUAAAACUACUGACUCCGGUCUAUUCUGGGCGUCACGUGGAGGUGGAGGUGGCACGUUUGGGGUCACGACCAAAUUCACCUUCAAGAUUCACCAGGCGGCCACGGGGAUGGUAAACCUCGGGAUAGUGUUUCCGAUGUUACUAGCCAACGGGACAUUCAUCGGAGAUACCGUUCUGGAGAAAGUAUCGGAGAUCCUUCUUAACGGUCCGGCCGAAUGGGGAGGCUAUCUUCUCACGGACGGAAUAACAGAUCAGGAUGGGAGCGUUGGACAUAUCAUAUUGUUCUUUAAUCAUUAUGGAGCGUGGGAUACCGCCUCUAGGCGAUACAUGGAUCAGUUGUAUAACUUCCACCCGGAAUGGUCGAAACAGAGAUUUUACGUGAAUUACACGUCUUUCCUGGAGUAUGAGAAGACAGUGAUUGACGCACAAUACUACAGGACGUACGUUUCAAACAUUCUAAUGAACAACCAAAGUUUCACUCCAGAAUGGCGGAAGACAAUGCUUAAUCUUGCGUUCAGGUUUCCAAGAAACAGUUCAGUUGUCAGAGCAACCGGAGCAUGGAUAGGUGGAAAAGUUCACGAUGUCGGCAUCAAUGACACCUCGGUACAUCCGGGCUUUCGAGAAAGUUAUCUUGCCUUGACAACAGCUCUUGGUUGGGAAGGAGAUGGUGAACACGAAGACGACUUUAUAGCAGAAGGAAUCAAGAUAAUGAAUGACCUUCGACCUUAUGGCAUAGGUAGCUAUAGAAACGAGGGCUCACCAGACACAAACGAUUGGAAAGGUGAUUUCUGGGGUAGUAACUACGACCGGCUUCUUGCGAUCAAGCGUUUAUAUGACCCAGAUAACGUAUUCACUUGUAUCGAUUGCGUUGGGAAAUAAAUGUCUUGUGAUAUGAUCCGGUGAAAGACUUUAAACAUUUGGUAU